UACGUCAUCCAACCAGGGGCAAACAGUUGGUCCGAAAACUUUUUUCAUUCAGUUCAGCGCACAGUCUGACCCGCAUCUCCUCCACUGGAAUUACGGAACCCCACACAUGCCUCCUUUUGGGACUCCUGGACAACCUUUUAUGUGUGGGUGGAGGAAAUCAUGGAAUUAAUAAUCCGAGUUGGACGCGCUCGUUUUGAUGGAUUAAACAGCGUGGACACAUCAGCAUGGUUGAAACAUUGCAAGAACCGCUCUGAACAAGAGGGCAAUACAAAGAACUGCGAGACCUGUUAAGACAACCCUGGUGGCGGUGCGGGGACGGGGUUUGAGCCAUCGGCAGAACUCAUUAAGAAGCAGACCCGGGCGCCGCCACAGCCGAGAGAAUGAGGAUCAAAUACAGCCUACCCGUCGUCUUUUUUGUGGCGCUGGUCAUCAUCGAGAAGGAGAACAACAUUAUCUCAAGGGUGUCUGAUAAACUGGCCUUGAAGCAGACCCCCCAAACCCCGAUACAGCCCAGCCGAUCCGCCAACGCUCUUUGGAAGCGCAACGAUUCCUCCGAAGGCAAGCUGAGCUCGGCUUUCAUGCUGAUGAAGCGGCGCUUGGAGAAUUACAGCGACUACCGGCCGCUGGCGGCCGAGACCAGUCGCAGAAAAAACAUUCUCCUCCUGGCCACCACCAGGACGGGUUCAUCCUUCGUGGGUGAGUUUUUCAACCAGCAGGGCGACAACAUGUUUUACCUCUUUGAGCCGCUGUGGCACGUGGAAAAGAUGCUGACUCUGGCGACGGGCGGCACCAACGCCACAGCCGCUGCCAAAGCGUAUCGCGACGUGCUCCGCCAGCUCUUCCUGUGCGACUUCUCCCUGCUGGAGCGCUUCAUCGACCCCCUCCCCGUGGAUCACGUCACGGCCUCGCUCUUCCGCAGAAGCUCCAGCCGCUCCCUGUGCGAGCAGGCGGUUUGCGGCCCCUUGGUCAAAGGCGUCUUUGAGCGCUACAAGUGCAGCAACAGACGCUGCGGGCCCCUCAACCUCACCACAGCGUCCGAGUCCUGCCUGGAGAAGGAGCACAGGGCCAUCAAGUCAGUGAGGGUGCGCCAGCUGGAAACCCUCCGUCCUCUGGGCGAGGACCCGCAUCUGGACGUGAAAUUCAUCCAGCUGGUCCGCGAUCCUCGGGCGGUGCUCGCCUCGCGCAUGGUGGCCUUCGCCGCCAAAUACGACAACUGGAAGCGGUGGGCCGACAACAGGGACGUGCCCAUGGAUGACGACGAGGUGAAGAAGCUGAAGAGCAACUGCAACAGCAUCAGGAUGUCGGCGGAGAUGGGCCUCGGGCAGCCGGCGUGGCUGCGCGGCCGCUACAUGCUAGUGCGCUACGAGGACAUCGCGCACUUCCCCAUGAGGAAGGCGGCCGAGAUGUACAAGUUUGCCGGGAUCCCCUUCACGCCGCAGGUCAAAGCCUGGAUCCUGAAGAGCACGCAGGCCUCCAAGGAGACCGGCGGCAUUUACUCCACUCAGAAGAACUCCACCGAGCAAGUGGAGAAGUGGCGCUUCAAGCUGCCCUUCAAGAUAGUGCAAGUGGUCCAGAAGGUGUGCGGGCCCACGCUGAAACUCUUUGGCUACAAGUUUGUGACAAGCCAAGAGAUGCUAACAGACAAGUCAAUCAGCUUGAUAGAAGAGCUUUGGUAGACUCUGACGCAAGGACGGACACAAACGCAUAUUUAUUAGUUAUCGUAAAGCAGAUGUUUAUCCAGAUAUUUAACAACUUUUUACUUUGUUUUACUAUUUAAACUAGCCGGAGGGAGAUGAUUUCGUCUCGUCCACAAAUCGCAAGCUCGGCCUGUGAAAAGCUGCCUUUGUAUAUUUUUUUGCACUGGGGCCAUUUUUGUCACUCCAACACAAACGGGCAUGUCGUGCGACUUGAAUUUCGGAGCUAACAGAAGCGUUCCCAAACGAGCAAGUUAAUGGGGGGGGGACGGUAAACAUUAACGACCUGACUCUGGGAACCUCCGCUGUGAACAGCUCCUGAGUUGGCAACCAAAGAAACUCCAAAUGAAGCGUUCGCUUUAUAAAAACAAAGAAAGUGGAAAGAAGCUAUCGCCAAAAUCAGUCACUCCAGCGUUUUCAUCAUUCCUCCUCCUUUGCAGAUUGACGUCCUCGCUAACUGUUUGGAGCGGUCAUAGACCAAUU